AUGUUUGAUCAUCUGGAUAUCCCGCUCCUUUCAGCAUUUGUGGAGCGAUGGCACCCAGAUACAAACUCUUUUCACCUGCCAUUCGGGGAGAUGACCAUCACAUUACAUGACGUGUGGCAUAUUCUUACCAUUUCAGUUGGUGGAGCUAUGACUUCAGGUAUUCUCCCAGAGGAUCUGGUGAUUAAGACGACCAAGCAUUUUUCCCAGGGAGGUGUGUUGAUUGAGUCGAUCAUCGGUUUAUGUAGGCAGGGCCGUAUUGCAGAGGUGGAGGCGAUAGCCUGGAUCUGGUUGACGUUAGGUUGCACUUUAUUCGUUGACAAGAGUGGCCAUCGGAUUAGACCUGCAACCAUUUGGGAGGUGCGGGAUGGAGUCACAGAUGCGAGUAUAUUUUCCUGGGGCUCAGCUGCACUAGCUUAUCUAUAUCGGCAGCUUGGAAUCUCAUCGAGAGGAGAUUGCUCGGGUUUGAUUGGGUGUCUGACACUGCUGCAAGCAUGGAUUUAUGAGUACUUUACAUGCUUUCGACCCCAGCGAGAGCAGCUGCUGAUCGAGGCUCAUCUACCUCGAGCUUCCAGUUGGAGCGCUACUGCGUCGGAGUGUUCAGGCCUCCGGCUUCGGGCCUUGCGAGCUCGUUUGGACCAAUUGACUGCUGAGGAGGUACCGUACCGGGACAUUGUCGAGCCAUACAUUCCUUUUAAGAUUCUGCGACAGCUGGGUUAUGUGCAGACUAUACCUGUGCCAAUGUUUCGGACAAUAGGGGCUGUUAGGUCCUGGAAGUCAAUCAAGUACUCUAUGGAGAUGAGUAUGACGAUUGCGGUUGACAUGUGGACUGCUUUUCCGACCAUGUACAAGCCGCCGUUCAUGGGCUUUGAGGCAGCCCACGUUAUUGCUGGAGGAUGUCAUCCAGCGUACUUGGAUUGGUACGAACGGCAUUCGCAUCCGCGUGUCCGUCCUGACAUAGAGCUUCCACGAGCAUAUCCUCCUCGCUCCAACAACGAUUAUUGGAUGACGCUGCUGACUACCGAGUUCGAGCAUUUUCUCGGAGAUUUUAGCUCGAUUACCGCCCAGCAUAGGCAGCACUGCGAGUUUGAGGGCAUUCCGGAGUUGGAGCAGCGUACGGAGGAGGCUAGCGCUACUUUGGAGAGAGUCAUGGCCGCUUGGCGUAGGGCUGAUUGA